UUUUUUUUGUUCCCUUUCUGUUUUCCCUCUCUGUCUGUUUUCAAAAGUUAUUUUUUGAUUCUCUCUUGGAACGUUCCUUUGCUACUCCUUUUAAACUUAGAAUAGUGGCCAUUUGUGUUUUUCUGCCAACUGUAUUGAACGGUGCUCACUCCCUCCCCACCAUCCGUAUCAUGCCAACCGCUCAUAUGGUUACACUAAUACUAGUAGCCGCCCUGUUCUCCAUCGCGCUGGCGCAAGAUAUCUCUUCUACCGUCUCCUCCACUAUGGUCACCAGUUCUCCUGUGGCUAGUCCCUCUUCCGCAUUAUCGUCAUCAUCAUCAUCAUCGCUCAACAGUUCGAUUGUUCCUUCAUCGUUUCCAACCGCACCUUCUUCAUCGGUUCCGUCCGUAUCCAAUACUUCGUUCACACCGUAUUCUACACCGACAGGUCAAAACAGUGGGUUUGAUGGUUCCGGCAAUCCUUUACCAAAACAAGACGAAAGCUGGCUGAAACAACAUAACCGAUUUGUGUUUAUUAUUGUUCUCGGCUUACUCUUCCUGGCAUUAUUGAUCUGGUAUAUUGUUAAAAGCGUGAAAGGUAUGCGAAAACGGCUGGAAAGAGAGAAUGAACACCAUAUGAUGAUGAUGCAGCAAGCCACGGGCGGACGACCGGAUCGUAUUAUUCCCGAAUCACCAACAAUCGCCAAUACAGGAAAUCGGGAUAAAUUGGAUUCAUUUCACAUCGACAGCUCUUCCGCCUAUUCCCCUCCUUCUCCUCAAUCUCCACCACCACGCUAUUAGACUCGCAGAAAUCCAAUACAUAUAUCUUAUUUAUUCCCUAUCCUUGAACAAUUACCAUGCGUUACAUGAAAUGCGUGAGUGAAUGGAUGCGUCCAUUUUCCACGAUGCUGUUGCAAACAAAAAAGCAACAGUCAAACCCAAAACAA